GAAUAAUUCAAAGGUUUGUUACAGAAUCUGACAAAAAGUGAUCAGAUUUUCUGAAUUAAACGUGACUGUCUUAGGUUUUGUUCUGUUGUUCUAAGUUGAAACCUUAUCCUGAAUUGUGUUGUUUCAUCAUUAAUCAAGAUAAAAAGCAAUCAUCAGGCAGCUAGUAACAGCCUCGGCUGAGACCAAGCAAAAAUGACCGCUGAAAACUAUUUGGAAAAUGAUGGCAAGUGCGUGAUUUUUAACGUAAGCGAUCACUUGAAAUCUGAAAAACCAACUUUAAAAGAUGAAGCCAAGUACUUUAAAAAAAGGCCGGAACACAGAACUGAACAAACAGCCAUAAAAGAACCUUUUUGGAAGUGUCGGUACUUAGUUACAUUAUACGGAUUUUUGGUAAAUUUUCAAGUAAAUUGUUAUCGCCUCAACACUAGCAUUAGCAUCGUUGCCAUGGUAAAUAAUUCCGCCGUCUCUUCAAAUAAUUCGGUGAACAUGAGCGCUGUAACCUGUCCGUCUAACCUCGAAGAAAUAGAAAAUAAUUCCACGCACCAGAUUGAAGGCGAAUUCGACUGGAACCCUGAAGUUCGCGGCUUCAUAUUAGGAUCAAGUCUAGUAGGGUACUUAGUUACUCAGAUGCCAGGAGGGAUGAUGGCUGAAAAGAUUAGUGCAAAAAAGACCAUAAUUCUAGGAGUGUUUAUUCCUGCUUUGUGUCAUCUAAUAUCGCCUUUCGCAGCAUGGUCAAGCAUUUACUUUUUAAUUGUUGUUCAAUUCGUCGCAGGAAUGGGACAGGGUCUGACUCCAGCUGCUUCUUGUGUACUUGCUGCUAACUGGCUUCCUAUUGAUGAAAGAGGUUUACUGAAUACUAUCAUUGUGGCUGGUUUCUGUGCAGGUGCUUUACUAGGAGGCGUUGCUACUGGCGCUCUGUGUUCCUCUGCUGUGUUUGGCUGGCCGUCUGUUUUCUACAUUUUCGGUGGUUUAGGAAUUAUUUUCUCCAUAUACCUUCAAUUUUUCUUGUUCGAAUCUCCAGAAAAACACCCUCGGAUAACAGAAUCAGAACUGAAACAUAUUUUAAGUAACCAAGAACUUAACUUAUCUGGAAAGCGUCCGCCCAUUCCUUGGAAGAAAAUUUUAACCUCUGUGCCGUUCUAUGCCUUAACUAUUGCAAGGACAGGCCAGUUUUGGGCUGCAACACAUUUCAUUUCUGUUCACCCUACUUUUCUGGGAACGAUUUUGCAUUACCCUAUUCAGCAGAAUGGACUGUUUGCCUCCGUACCAUUUGUUUUACAGACUUUUCUAGCUGUGUUGGUCAGUUGGAUUUCUGGAUGGUUAAACAAGCAUGAGUAUGUCGGAGUAGAUAAAGUUCGUAAAGGAUGCAAUUUUCUAUCUUGUCUGGGCUAUUCCCUUUGCUUGCUAGGUAUCUAUGCUGCGGGAUGUGACAAAUCAAUGAGUGCUCCAUUUUCAAUUCUUGCAAUGGGUUCUGUCGGUCUGUCCUUUGCAGGUUGCAUGAUCGUCGCCGUUGAUAUGUCUCCAACAUUUGCAGGAACAAUAAUGGGAGUCAGCAGCAUUGUGUCAAGCAUGUCAGGAUUUGUCAUGCCGAUUCUUGUUGGUUUCUUGACGAACGAUGAGCAAACUUUAGAACAAUGGAAUAAAGUGUUCUUCGUUUCUAUUGGUGUUGUGAUGACGUCAGGAAUAAUUUUCUCCGUAUUUGGUUCAGCUGAAGUUCAAGAGUGGAACUUUCCCAAAGUAAAAGAUUCUGGAAGUUGUGAUGGAAAAAGCAAAGAUAAACUUAACUAUGAAAAUUCGAUCGAUUUUAAUGAUGCCAUCACACAUUUGUAAUUAACAUAAUAAUUAAUCGCAUCAUCGGCAAUUUCAAGAAAACCGAAAUAUUCAGAUUACAUUAUAGUUAAUCUCAUUCCAAUAUCAUCUUUAAAUGUGAAUUCAUCAUUUCUUAUAACUGCCAUGUAUAUAUUCUGUAAAUUAUUUUUCAUCAGUUCAUAUAUGUUUAUAAAUUAUUCUCAAGAUGUUUGUUUAUUUUUAUAAUAUAUUACAAAGCAGAUUAACACAAAGUUAAUAAAAAUUUAAAAUUAACCUUUCGAAUUUAAAUUUAUAAUGGCGGUUAAUUUUUUUAACACGAGAUGCCACUAAA